AUGGCAAUACCAGCACUAUUUUCCAAACUGCCAAGUGUCAAGCGAAGACUUUUUGACAAUACGCCAAGUAGGUGACAUGCAAAUAUGUAGUACCAAUAAUAUAUAGCCAAAGAGACAAGUAUCAGUAGUAACUCUAUUUCUGAAAACUUGUAGAUUGUGAAACACCAACUGGAAUGCAGUUUAUCCCAAGACCAAAAAAAGGUAUAAUACAGUUUAAUAUCCAUACCCUACAGUAUAUGUACAGUAUAUGACAUUAUUUCAAUUCAUAUAGCAUGUCCAGCAGCACCCUGUUUCAAUUUGACAUAUACAAACAAAGAGGAGUCUGGAAUUAGUAUGAGUGAAGGUACACUAAAUUUGAUUAUAGUUAUUAUGGUGCCAACUGGGUCUAUACUUGUAGACCCAGUAGGAGAAAGUCUAAUCUGUACAAACACAGAGAGGACUGGCAUUAAAAGGAAUUUACUGUAUAUGUCAGAAAACAAUACAUUAUAAUAUUGAAUAUAUGAUACAUACUUGUAGGUCCAAUUCCAAGAGAAAAUCCAAUGUCCACAAACACAGAGGAAUCUGACAUCAGUAUGAGUGAAGGUACGUAGCCAAUAUGAAUGCAUUAAAAGGAAUUUACAUGUCAGAAAACAAUACUAAUAUUGAAUAUACAUGUUUGAUACAUACUUGUAGGUCCAAUUCCAAGAGAAAAUCCAAUGUCCACAAACACAGAGGAAUCUGACAUCAGUAUGAGUGAAGGUACGUAGCCAAUAUGAAUGCAUUAAAAGGAAUUUACAUGUCAGAAAACAAUACUAAUAUUGAAUAUACAUGUUUGAUACAUACUUGUAGGUCCAAUUCCAAGAGAAAAUCCAAUGUCCACAAACACAGAGGAAUCUGACAUCAGUAUGAGUGAAGGUACGUAGCCAAUAUGAAUGCAUUAAAAGGAAUUUACAUGUCAGAAAACAAUACUAAUAUUGAAUAUACAUGUUUGAUACAUACUUGUAGGUCCAAUUCCAAGAGAAAAUCCAAUGUCCACAAACACAGAGGAAUCUGACAUCAGUAUGAGUGAAGGUACGUAGCCAAUAUGAAUGCAUUAAAAGGAAUUUACAUGUCAGAAAACAAUACUAAUAUUGAAUAUACAUGUUUGAUACAUACUUGUAGGUCCAAUUCCAAGAGAAAAUCCAAUGUCCACAAACACAGAGGAAUCUGACAUCAGUAUGAGUGAAG